AUGCCACGUCGCAGUUAUGGCGUGGUUCAUUGUAACAAUAAAUUCCACAAAUGUCGUACGUUUUGCCGUCGCAAGACAGCUCGUGUUUCACGAGGACGGCGCCGUCGGAGCGGACGGAAGUUGGGCUCCCGAACUGUCCGCGCCAAAUCGCGUUAUUCACGCCGUGUACGAUCCAGAUAUUCAAAGGCAACACGCCGAGUUGGUUCACGUAUUGAGGAACUUACGUAUACCGUUGUCGAGCGAGCUGCGGAUGAGUCAAUUACUAAGGUCCCCUUGAGAUUUGAUACCCGCAAUCGCAUGGUAGACACUUGCGCUACCGCAGCUUAUGCGCAGCAUUAUACGGUGCAGUUGAAUCAUAUACCUUAUUCGACCAAUAGGAACAUCCGCAAACAUCGUCAUUCCACUCGUGCGAAGGUGGUAGGUGUUUGUACCAGAUUUGUUUUCCGGAUCAGUCCGCAAAGUCAAUGGAUGAUACGAUUUUUAUUUUAUCACGUGGACGCCAAUGCCGUCGAUCCCCAGAGGGAAACAUUUCGAAACAAAGGAGUCGCCCGCAGUUUUCAAGAUGAAUAUGGAACUUACAGGUCCGCGCCCGUCGGGUUUACUGGUAAAGUAGUCAAUUGUUCUGAUGACACAUCUGGAGACCCUCACUUCAUGCCGUUUGAUUGGAUGCAUCGUCAAUCUUAUGGUUUGGAAAGAAGGGAUGUUUAUAUGUACGGUUAUCCUGUUCGAAGCACAGGAUUCAGACCGUUCUAUGAGCUCAGAAGAACAUUUAAGAAUGGAUCUGGUGUCGCCCAAAAUCAACCCUUUAAUUUAUUCAAACCUAUGAAUCAUACAUACGAAUACAAUGAGGACGUUGAUGAAUUUUCGUUCACCAAGUUGGAUCACCCGAACCCCAAUCCUACUCGCAAGGCGUUAUUUUUCACUAUGAUUGCCUAUUGUGUUGCCCCCGGACCUCGUAUGGACUUUGUCCCUCCCAACUACAAACCGCUCGACAAAGAUCAUAAGAAAAAGUUUGUUACAGGCCGACCUUCUCACUCUGUUAAUCGUGAUAGGUUUGACAAUCCUUAUGAUCGUCUUCCUGGUGAAAGUGAAGCCGCUUUUGAGGCACGCGUGGAAAACCUGGAUGCAGCUGUCAAUGAAACCACUGGAGCUGGUUGGGGAGAUUCAAUCUCUACACUUCAGCAACAGAAGAGAGCUGCCGUGAAAGGCAAAGCCAAGCAGCCUGAUGCCGGGCCUUCAAAACCGAAAACACGAUCAGCAUCGAAGGCAGAAGAGGAUGGGGAUAGCAGUGAUGAUUCGGAUGAUGGAUCGCCCGUAAAGGGACUCAAUCCUCUCAACGUAGGGCCAGAAUUUGCGUGGCUUGAAGCCGAAUUGACCACACGUGUGUGGUUCCGUGAUGCACCAGCUUUACGGACCAAGAAACUUGGCAAUUUCGAGCCUAUAGAGAUGGUUAGCUAG